GGGAAACAACGUACAUGUGCUCCUGACAAAAAACUAUCGGCUGUAUUGUGACGUCACUCCAUUUGAGGAAGAAGAAGAGCAUCAACAACAACUCCGUCAUUUGCUUUCGCUGAUCCCGCCACAUCUCUGUUUACCAGAAUCCACCAACACUCUUCCAUCAUGCCAAGGAAAUUUGUGCACACCAGUAAGAAAAAGCUGAUGAGGCAUUUGCAGGGGCAUAGGUAUCGGAGCAGCCACCGCCACAGAACCUUGCGGUAGAAGUUUCUGACUCCUUCUACUGUUGGUGAGGAGCUACCAACUUUGGCCCAGGACUUGGAGGUAUCUCCAACUCCACCACCCAAGCAGAGGAAGUGCACCUGCAAUGUCAGCUCAACCCUUAGUGAUCCUUCCUGCAGCACCCCAAGACCUUCAACCUCUUCCAGCAGUGGUGACAUCUGAGGUCACCCCAGAAAAUGUCCGCCCUUACCCUAAGGCUCCUCCCCGUCCUUAUGGCAAGGGACAAAAAAGGGUCCGUGCCUGCAUUCUCACCAAGAAUGAAGAAGUCAUCUCUGAUCUGCAGACCAAAGAUGAAAAAAUGAAGAAGGCAGAGGAAAAGAUGAUGAUGGGAGCAGGGAAGAAAAGCAAACUGAGAAGGCAGGCUGUCCCUAAACUCCUAGACGGUGAUGAGGAGGAUGACCCUGCAGUGCCACUCAUGCUCGGUGAUUCCUCUGAAAAUUCCAGUGAGCUGGAAGGGGACAUGGAAGCAGAUGGGCCUUAUCCCUUUGCAGUGAAGGAACCAGAGGUUGGGGACUUUGUGGUGAUUGAGCUUGAGCUUGAAGAGGGGAGGAACAGUGGGGCACCUGUUCAUUAUGUUUGUAAGAUGAUGAACACUAAGUAAGGGAAAUAUGAGGUGUUCUUCCUCCACAUGAAGCCUUUGUUUCCCAAGGACACAGUCUUGUUCCCUGCAGUUGAAGAUUUUGAAAAUGUGUAGGCUGUGCAGUGUAAGUGUCCUGACCACUGUGAAUGGCUGCACCCAGAGGCAGGAAACCCUAAUAAAGGUCUCCCCUCCACUGAACUCCUUCAAUAUGCAGUAGGGUAGGCUGUAAAUACGUAAU